GCAUCUUUGACGUCAGUAUCCCGCCAUUGAUUCAUUGAUGCUGUUCUAAUAAGAGUAGCAACGAUGAGUAUCAAAGUCGAUAAGGAUGCCUUUUAUAGGCGAAUGAAAAAGAUUUAUUCAUCAUGGGCUAAAUCAACUGGAGACGAAGGCAUUGCCAAAAUGGAUGCCUUAAUUACAGCUGUUGGUGUUGAUGAAGAGGUCAUUUACUCAAAGUCCACAGCUUUACAGACAUGGCUGUUCGGUUAUGAACUUACAGAUACCAUUAUGGUAAUGUGUCAGCAAGUCAUUUGUCUAAUGGCCAGCAAGAAAAAAAUUGAAUUCCUGAAACAAUUGGACAGCUCAAAGGAAAAUGAUCAGGGAAUUCCUUCUCUUAAACUCAUAACAAGAGAAAAGGGUGAUAAAGAAAAAGACAAGGCCAACUUUCAGAAAUUGAUUGAAUAUAUUAAGAAAAGUAAAAAAGGAAAAACAGUUGGUGAGUUCAGCAAAGACAAAUAUCCUGGUGAAUUGAUGGAUGGAUGGAGAAAUGCUAUCAAAGAGGCUGGUUUUGAAAAGGUAGAUGUUUCAUCUCAGUUUGCCUACAUUAUGGCUCCUAAAGAAGAAUCUGAAAUUAAAACAAUCCAGAGAGCCAGUCAGGUUACCUGUGAUGUUUUCAACAAAUAUCUCAAAGAGCAAAUAAUGGAAAUCAUUGAUGCUGACAAAAAAGUAAAACAUGCAAAGCUGUCAGAUGGUGUUGAGCAAGCCUUACAGAACAAAAAGUAUGUGUCGGGAGUGGAUACCAGUCAGCUUGAUGUCUGUUAUCCAGCAAUCAUCCAGAGUGGUGGGAAAUAUAGUCUGAAAUUCAGUACUACAAGCGAUGAAAACAACCUUCAGUUUGAUGCUAUUGUAUGUGCAAUGGGUGUACGGUACAAAUCAUACUGUUCAAAUAUUGUUCGUACAUUGUUGGUUAAUCCUGAAGAACCUAUCCAGAAGGUGUAUGAAUUUCUUGUGCAGGUGGAAGAGGAGGUUAUUAACAAACUUCAACAUGGAGUGAAACUGAGUGAUGUUUAUGAAACAGGUCUUGCACUGGUAAAAAAAGAACACCCUGAGCUAGAAGACAAAAUGAUCAAAAGCUUUGGCUUUGGAAUGGGAAUUGAAUUCAGAGAAGCUUCUCUUCUUAUUGCCCCUAAAACAAGAGCCCCUGCUAAAAAAGGAAUGGUGUUUAACAUAAGCAUUGGCUUUGCUGACUUGGUAAAUAGUGAGAAAAAUGGGAAUAAAAAGGCAGCGCUAUUCCUUGGCGAUACAGUACUUGUAAAUGAGGGAGCACCGGCAAGUGUCCUUACAACUACAAAGAAGCUUCUAAAACACAUUGGUAUAUUUUUAAAAGAUGAUGAUGAGGAGGAAGAGGAGGAAGAAGAAGAACUUGAGAAGGAAGCAGAACAGUUUUUAGGGAGGGGAGGUAGAAGAACGGCUAUGGUGGAGAGUAGAACCAGAACAGAAGCACCUUCAGAAGAAAAGAGACAACAACAUCAGAAAGAAUUAGCUCAAAGAUUAAAUGAAGAAGCCAGGGAGAGGUUGCGUGGUAUCAAGUCAGGAGGUGAAGACAAAAAAGCACGAAAGUCAAACGUUUCUUACAAAAAUCCAAACAAUUUUCCUGAAGAGGCUGAAUGUAGAGAUCUCAAACUGUUUGUGGACAAGAAAUACGAGACCAUUGUUCUGCCAAUUUUUGGCACUGCCACACCAUUUCACAUUUCAACAAUUAAGAACAUCAGCCAGUCCGUGGAGGGAGAAUACACAUACUUAAGAAUUAAUUUUUUCCACCCCGGCGCUACACUAGGAAGAAAUGAAGGCAGCUUUCCUAACCCUGACUUAACCUUUUUAAAAGAAAUCACAUAUCGUAGUUCUAAUACAAAAGAGCCAGGUGAAAUUUCAGCCCCUUCAUCAAAUUUAAACACAGCUUUCCGUCUCAUUAAGGAAGUACAGAAAAAGUUCAAAACCAGAGAAGCUGAAGAGAGGGAAAAGGAGGGUAUUGUGAAACAAGACACAUUGAUCAUUAACCCCAACAGAGGUAACCCUAAAUUAAAAGACCUGUAUAUUCGACCAAAUAUAGUAUCCAAAAGAAUCUCAGGCACUCUCGAGGCUCAUACAAAUGGUUUCCGGUUUACUUCAGUCAGGGGUGAUAAAGUUGACAUAUUAUACAAUAACAUCAAGCACGCCUUUUUCCAGCCGUGUGAUGGAGAGAUGAUUAUUUUACUUCACUUUAACUUGAGAAAUGCUAUUUUAUUUGGCAAGAAGAAACAUAUAGAUGUUCAGUUUUAUACUGAAGUGGGAGAGAUUACAACAGAUUUAGGUAAACACCAGCACAUGCAUGACAGGGAUGAUCUUCAUGCUGAACAGGCUGAACGUGAACUGAGACAAAAAUUAAAGUCUGCUUUUAAAAGCUUUUGUGAAAAGGUUGAAGGCAUUACAAAACAAGAAGUUGAAUUUGAUUCUCCAUUCAGAGACCUUGGUUUCUAUGGUGCACCAUUCAGAAGCACAGUGCUACUUCAACCUACUAGUGGAUGUCUUGUAAAUCUAACGGAGUGGCCUCCUUUUGUGGUUUCCUUGGAAGAUAUUGAGCUGGUUCACUUCGAAAGAGUAUCAUUUCAGCUGAAAAAUUUCGACAUGGUGUUUAUUUUUAAAGAUUACAGUAAGAAAACAGCCAUGAUAAAUUCUAUUGCCAUGAAUAUGCUAGACCAUGUGAAGGAGUGGCUCAAUUCUUGUGACAUCCGUUACACAGAAGGUGUUCAAACUUUGAACUGGGCCAAAAUUAUGAAAACUAUUACAGAUGAUCCUGAGGGAUUUUUUGACAAUGGUGGAUGGACUUUCCUUGAUCCUGACAGUGAGGAGGAGCAGGAAGAAGAAGACAGUGAAGAAGAAGAUGACACAUUCCAGCCAUCUGAAGACGGGUCUGAUUUUGAUGAAAGUAGUGAAGAAGAUAGUGAUGAAAGUAAUUGGGAAGAGGAGGAAGAGGAUGAAUCUGGCUCUGAGGAAGAUCUGGGUUCUAGUGAGGAGAGUGGCAAAGACUGGGAUGAGUUGGAAGAAGAAGCAAGAAGAGCUGACAAAGAAAAAGAUGAUGAGAUCCCAGAAGCCCGGCCAUUACAAAAACACAGAUCACGCAGUAAAGGAGGGAGUGGUGGCAGUAGCCGCAACAGCCGAAAUAGUCGCCACGGAAGUAGUCAUGGAAGUAGCCGCCAUGGAGAAAAAAGGGGCAGGGAAAGUAGCAGUGGCAAAAGCAGCUCCCCACAAAAAAAGAAAUCCAGGCGCUAGCGGGGAUUGAAUGUUUGUAAAUAAAAAUUUGCUGUUUUUCAAAACAAUUGCACGGACAUUGAUAAAUACAUUUUUUUUGUUUCUGAGAGAAAUUAUAUAAUUGAUAAAUUUUAACAUUCUCUUUCACUGAUAUGUCAUUCACAAUGAUUUAUUUGUAUAAACAUAGUAUAUCCACAUCAUACAUUUGUAAUUUUUAGCAUCUGUGCUUGUUAAUUAUGUACUGUUUAUGCCAUGAAUAUUUUCCCCUUGAUUAGGCUCAUAGAGAUUAACAUGGUAAAUUUAAGUUUAUAAGCAGCCUUUAACAGAAGGGGAAAAUUGUGACCAGUUUUUAUUUAUGGAUCAAUGUUCAACAUCUUUAUUCUGUUAUGAAUAACUGUAAAUAAAAUAUUUGGACUACA